AUGAUGGUUUCCACCACAAAUGAACAAGCAGCCAUGGUUGCUGACCUCCUUAAUAAGAUCAACACUGCUCCCACUUCUGAAGAGGUUGAGCAAGCCGCUCAAGAACUUGCCAAGUUGGUUCAAGCCAAAGGUAUGAUCAUGAUCAAGACUUAUGGUAUUCUCGACAAGUUCUCUGCUUCCACCAAGAACAAGAAAUCUGGUUUGGAGAGAGAAGGUGGUCUUAUCGGUUUCAAUGCCAUGAUGGAAGUCAUGUCUCAUGAAAUCGAACCUCUCUUAUUGCAACAUCUUGAUUCUUUCCUCGAUUUAUAUGCUGAUAAGGGUGCUGUUGUUCAAGAAGCUGCUCAAACUGCUUCUCGCACGCUUGUUGACAUGAUCCCAGCUGAAGCUACCAAGGCUCUUUUGCCUAUUCUCAUCAAGGGCAUGGGCUUCGGUAAUGGUAACUCAAAGAAAUGGCAAACCAAGAUUGGCGCUCUCAAGUUGUUGCAACGAUUCACUGAAAGAGCCCCUGAGCAGAUUGGUGAAUGCUUGCCAGAGAUCAUUCCUGCUGUCUCUGACUGUCUUGCUGAUACAAAGAAGGAUGUAGCUACCGCAGCAGAAAAGGCCAUGAUGAAGAUCUGUAGCGUAGGCGGUAAUCCUGAUAUCCAUCGUCAUUUGAAGGAUCUUGUGCUCUGUAUGGGUGACCCUACUCGUGUGCCUCAAACGAUUGAAAAACUUGCUCAAACCACCUUUGUCGCUGAAGUCAAUGGCCCUACUUUGGCCAUCAUGGUGCCUCUUUUGACUCGUGCCUUGAACGAACGUUCCACUACUGUCUUGCGUCAAACUGUUGUUAUCACUGACAACUUGUGUAAGCUUGUCCGCGAUCCUCGUACCGCUGCUCAAUUCUUGCCUCAGUUGUAUCCUGGUAUCGAACGUCAAGCUGAUACUGCUGCUUUCCCCGAGAUCCGUGUCUUGGCUAACAAGGCCAAGCAGACUUUGGUUGAUGCAGGUGGUGUCACUGAAAAGUCGGAUGCUGAUGGUACUUUGACUGAAGUCUCCAUUGAAGAAGCUACUGCCGCUGUCAAGAAGGCUGUGACCAAGGCUCAAGGUUUCUUGGAUUCUUUCUUCAUUUCUUACGUCUCUUAUCUCGGUACCAUUGCUGCUGAUUACUCUCGUCAAGAAUUGUUUGCUUUGGAAAACUGGCAGCAGGUGUUUGCUCCUUAUCUCAAAGCCUUUGUCAUGAAGUCUGAUAUUCCUGCAGUUGUAAGUGAUGCUUUCAAUGACAUUCACUCAUUGUUCAAGAGCCGUAACAAGGACAGCGAUGAUGCUGCCAUCGAUGAGCAAGAAGGUGAGGAGAUCUGCCAUGUGGAAGACUUUUCUCUUGCCUACGGUACUCGUCUCUUGUUGAGUCAUACCAGACUCAAGUUGCAUCGUGGUCAACGCUAUGGUCUCUGUGGUCAAAAUGGUGCUGGUAAGAGUACCUUGAUGAACGCCAUUCAUGCUGGUAAAGUCGAAGGUUUCCCCUCUCAAGAUCAAGUGCGCACUGCUUUGGUAGAUUAUAAUUCUCAAGCUGCUGAUCCCUCGCUUCAUAUUGUCGACUAUGUCGCUGCCGAUGAUCUCUUGAAGAACCUGCCUCGUGCCGAUAUUGAAAAGUCAUUGCGUGAUGUUGGUUUUGAUGAUGCUCGUCUCGAGAUGUCUGCCUCUGCUCUCUCUGGUGGUUGGAAGAUGAAACUCGAACUUGCUCGCGCUAUUCUUUCCAAGGCUGAUAUUCUCUUGUUGGAUGAACCUACCAAUCACUUGGACGUUGAUAACAUCAAGUGGCUUGAGGACUAUUUGAAUGCCCAAUCUCAAGUGACCUGUCUUAUCGUCUCUCACGAUUCCGGUUUCUUGGACAAUGUUUGUACUCAAAUUCUCCACUACGAAAAGAAGAAGCUUCGUUUGUAUCAUGGUAACCUUUCUGACUUUGUUGCCGUCUACCCUGCUGCUCGUACCUACUACAGUCUUGACGCCUCCACUAUUGAAUUUACUUUCCCCAAGCCAUCUGUCUUGCAAGGUGUUAGAUCCAAUACCAAGGCCAUCCUCAAGAUCAAUGACUGUACAUUUACCUAUCCUGGUAACAAGACGCCUUCUCUCUACAAUGCCACUGCUUCUCUUUCCCUCUCUUCUCGUGUCGCUGUUGUCGGUCCUAACGGUGCUGGUAAGUCUACUAUGAUCAAGCUCUUGACUGGUGAGACUAUCCCUCAAACGGGUACUGUGUGGCGUCAUCCUGCUCUCCGCAUCGGUUAUGUUGCUCAGCACGCUUUCCACCAUUUGAACCAACAUCUUGAAAAGACACCUACAGAUUACUUGCAAUGGCGUUAUUCUACUGGUGAGGAUAAGGAAGUGGCCGAGAAGGAAACUCGUGCCUGGAGUGAUGAUGAAUUGAAGCAAAUGGAGAAGAUGAUUCCUGUCAACGGCGAAGAGCGUCAAAUUGAAACCUUGUUGGGUCGCACCAAGCUCAAGAAGACAUUCCAAUACGAAAUCAAGUGGAAGAACAAGCUUCACAAGUUCAACAGCUGGUUCUCUCGCGAAAAGUUGCUCGAGUUGGGUUUCCAAAAGCUGGUUCAACAAUUCGAUGAUAAGGAAGCUUCUCGUGAAGGUUUAUUGUACCGUGAAUUGACUAUUCCCCACAUCCGUCAACACUUCAGCGACAUUGGUCUUGAUCCUGAUAUCGCUCAAUACACUAAGAUGAGUGCUCUUUCCGGUGGUCAAAAGGUCAAGGUUGUCAUUGCUGCUGCCAUGUGGAACAAUUGUCAUAUGCUGGUGCUUGAUGAACCUACCAAUUUCUUGGAUCGUGAAGCGCUUGGUGGUCUUGCUACUGCUAUCAAAAAGUGGGAUGGUGCUGUUGUCAUGAUUUCUCACAGCAAUGAGUUUGUGGAUGCCUUGUGCCCUGAAAGCUGGAAGUUAAUCGCUGGUAAACUGUACAAGGACGGUGUGUCUUCUGUGGAUGAUGAGUCCAACAUUGACGAAGAAAAGGUCAAGGCAAAGCUCUCCAAAAAGAAGAAGAAGACUAGAAAUGAGGUCAAAAUGCAAGAAGAGCGUCGUCGUGCACGCCAUCUCAAGUGGUUGAUCGAAGGCGGUACCAAGGAGCCUGAUACUGAAUCUGACUAG